ACCGGUAGUUCAUCCAAAUUAACUAUUUAUACCCUAGUGAACUAAGCUAGUUUAGAGAAAAACCAUGGAACCACAAUCCGGAGAUAACAACCUUGGACUUACACUCCCCCUAAUCAACUCAAGACAAGAUAGAAUACUAGAGGAUGAGUUAUCACCACCUGAAAACUCACCAGUCGAGCAAGUAGCCUUAACCGUUCCCAUCUCCGACAACCCUUCACUUCCGGUUCUCACUUUUCGAAUGUGGGUCCUCGGUCUCAUCUCAUGCAUUUUUCUCGCUUUCAUCAACCAAUUCUUUUGGUAUCGAACCGAACCAUUGAUGGUCAGCGCUAUCUCCGCUCAAAUUGCGGUUGUGCCAUUGGGCAAGCUAAUGGCUGCGAAAAUAACCAAUAGGGUAUUCUUCAAGGGGAGUAAAUGCGAGUUUACAUUGAAUCCGGGUCCAUUUAAUGUGAAGGAACACGUUUUGAUUACCAUUUUCGCGAAUUCAGGUGCGGGCACGGUUUAUGCCAUUCAUGUGGUGACGGUUGUGAAGGUUUAUUAUCGGCAUGAAAUAUCGUUCUUUGUUUCUUUCAUCGUUGUUGUCACAACCCAAGUACUAGGGUUUGGUUGGGCCGGUAUUUACAGAAGGUACUUGGUGGAGCCAGCCGCUAUGUGGUGGCCGUCAAAUCUCAUCCAAGUGUCCAUAUUUAGGGCAUUGCAUGAGGAAGAAGUAAGACAAAGAGGACGAUUGUCACGUAUCGAGUUCUUCAUAAUUGCUCUUACUUGUAGUUUUACAUACUACAUUUUUCCUGGCUAUCUCUUUAAAAUGCUAACAUCCCUCUCUUGGGUAUGUUGGAUAUUUCCUAAAUCCGUAUUAGCCCAACAACUCGGUUCUGGCCUAUAUGGACUCGGUCUUGGAACUUUGGGAUUUGAUUGGUCAAGUGUAUCGUCCUACCUCGGAAGUCCAUUAGCUAGCCCAUGGUUUGCCACCGCAAAUGUGGCGGUUGGUUUCUUCUUGGUGAUGUAUGUACUAACUCCUAUAACUUAUUGGUCGAAUGUUUACAAUUCCAAAACUUUUCCAUUGUUCUCCGAUGAUCUUUUCAAGGCAAAUGGAUCGGAAUACAAUAUUUCGAGCAUUGUUGACUCUGAUUUUCAUCUCAACAUCACAUCAUACGACGAAGAAGGUCCUAUUUAUCUUAGCACAUUCUUCGCCAUGUCGUAUGGAGUAGGAUUUGCUGCCGUUGCUGCCACGGUUAUGCAUGUGUGGUUGUUUCAUGGAAGGGAAAUAUGGGAGCAAACGAGGGCGAGUGGUAAGGAAGGGAGAUGGGACAUACAUACAAAGCUAAUGAGCGGUUACAAACAAGUACCCGGGUGGUGGUUUUGGGUUAUUCUUGUGGUGAAUGUCGCGAUAGUAAUAUUUACGUGUGAAUACUACAAUGAGCAACUUCAAUUACCGUGGUGGGGAGUAAUUCUUGCGUGUGUUAUUGCAUUUGUCUUCACUCUACCUAUAGGAGUUAUUGCUGCCGUCACAAAUCAGUGCCCAUCCCUCGAUAUCUUGACGGAAUACAUAAUUGGAUACUUGUACCCGGGAUAUCCUGUCGCCAAUAUGUGCUUCAAAGUGUAUGGAUACAUAAGCAUGUGUCAAGCUAUAAGAUUCAUUCAAGACUUAAAGCUUGGUCAUUAUAUGAAAGUCCCACCUAGAAAUAUGUUCAUGGCACAGAUUGUAGGAACCCUAAUAGCUGCAAUAAUCUAUUUGUGCACGGCGUGGUGGUUAAUGGAAACAAUCCCCGAUAUAUGUCAAUCAACCACCUCGGGUUGGACUUGUCCAACCGACACAGUCUUUUAUGACUCUACCGUCGUAUGGGGAUUGAUUGGGCCUCGCCGUAUCUUCGGAAGUGAAGGCUUUUAUAGUGCUAUCAAUUGGUUCUUUCUUGGUGGAGCGGUUGGUCCUAUUAUUGUCUGGUUGGCACACAAGGCUUAUCCGGAGAAGAAAUGGAUUAGGCUAAUCAACAUGCCAAUAUUGAUUGGUGCAACCGGAAGGAUGCCACCGGCCACAGCUGUCAAUUACACGACAUGGAUCCUUGUAGGAUUCUUGUCGGGAUUCGUGGUUUAUCGGUAUCGACCAGAGCUAUGGAAAAGGUAUAAUUAUGUGUUAUCGGGCGCACUCGAUGUUGGUUUGGCAUUGAUGGCGGUAUUGAUGUACUUUUGCAUGGGCAUGGAAGGUAUAAGCCUUGAUUGGUGGGGGAAUGAUCUUGAUGGUUGUCCUUAUGCCACGUGUCCCACUGCCAAAGGUGUCGAGGUUGAUGGAUGCCCUGUUGUUUACUAGUAAUCCAUCUA